UCACUCCCUCUGCACUGCAGUGCGGUGUCAUCUCACCACAGUUUGGGGCGCAAUUCGAAGUAGGACUUAUUUUGCGAAACAUGGAGUAUCCGUGAACAUUACCGCCAUCUCUGCCAAUGGAAUCCUCACCCUCGAAGCGGCGCAAAACUUCGCCAACAACAUCAGUACCGAUCGACGCGCCGACAACUCCAAGUCGAAUACCCAUCCCCAAGAAUGGAGCUAGAACUCUGCCAGACAGGCCGUCGUUUGCCUCUCCCACGAAGGCGAGUAUAGCAAGACAUAACCCUCAAUUGUUAAACCGACCUUCGUCUUCUGGGACCGGCGCCGAGAGAUCAGGGAGUAGAGGGAGGAAUUUAGACGAUGUAUUUGCGCGCGCUUUGCAGAAAGUCCGUCCGAGUAUUGAAGGACGAGACGCGAUAUCGGGCGAUGAGGGCGCAGGGUCUCUAGGAUCAACUACUCAAGAAAAUGAAGACCCGCAAGAGGAUAGGAGGACACCAGUGGCCGUCCAGUCCAGCGCAAGAAGAUCACUAUCUGUGGGAGGUGGACUAACUGCGAAGCCGAGGAGAAUGUCGCGUUCUCCAGCUAAGCAGAUGCCGAAGAGUUUUGGUUCUACCACAGCAGAUGCAACGGCUGGAGGGGAAUUGCAGGAAAAUAUCAACCCCUUCAGGAGAGCGGGAUUAAGAAGAUCCCCAGUAGCAUCUCAGGAGGUUCAAGUGCCCGAAGAGGACAUCAAUCCGUUUCAGAGAAGAGGAUUACGGAGGUCACCUAUAGCAUCUCAGCCCUUGCCAACUAUCGAGCAACCCAAUGUUCAAGGCGCAGAAGAACCGGCAGUCUCGACAACUCCAACAGCGCCAUUGGAACCACGACCUGUGACGCCAAAUGGCCCUCUGCCACAAGGUGAGGAAGAAGCACCUCCGGAACAACCCCGGCAGUCUCCGGUUCUCCAGGCCGCUGAAUCCGGCAAUGCAGUGCCCCAAGGGCCUUUAAACGUGCCUGCGAGCGAUUCCCAGAACCUCCAAGCUUCAACGCCAACGUCACGCAGACUCCUGAAUGAACCCGAGGAGCCAGAGUUGCCCCCGACUCCGACUCAACUAGGGAUUCUUGAUCCAGUUGUAACUACUCCCCCUGCAGGCAUACAUGACACUCCGAGCAAGAGAGCAAGAAAGAAUAGGUCUUUUGGGAAAAAGCUCAAGUCGUCACCCCUAAAGCCACGAGAGCCGCCACCGGAAUCCGAACCAGUAAAAGAUGUAGAACCUGAAGCUCAAAAAGAGCCUCUACAUGAAAAGCCCAAGCGUCGAAGGUCUGCAAGGUUCUCGAUCCCCGAAGAUCCGCAUGCGGACAAGAAGAAAUCUCGUGAUGAGCUCUUGAAAGAGCUCCAGCAAGUGCAAGCAGAUAUCGCCCUCGCGAGUCGGGAGAAUGAGAGAUUGCGACUACAUUACGAGUCUAAAAGAUCCACGCCUGUAGCACCCUCGAAUCCAGAUGAAUUACUAGCUGUGCUUGCUCGAUCAACGGCACCCGAGCCAGCCUCUGAACCAAAGCAAGAACCGAAAAGCAUAUUUCAAUCCAUUGGAUCAUUUCUGCCAUUUUCAUCGAGGAGGAAACGCUCUUCGAUCAGGCUGCCUGUCCCGGACAGACCUAUUCCAUCCCACUUGCCAGUCGCAGUUGAUGAUCCCCUCCCUUAUCUUCAGGCAUUCAGCCCCCUAAGGUACACAUCCAACAUCACGCUCUUGCCAUCAGAUCCUACAGCGUCAGACUCGUCCUCCCAAGAAGCCCAACCAAUCCUUCAACGGCAUCUCAUUACCGCUUCCCAUCCAUCCGGGCUCUUUACCGCCCGCCUCUCGAUGACUGUUGACUCCUCACUCCUCACCAUCUCAUCAGUUGAUAUCGAGAAACUGCCUCCAUGUGCCGAAAAGGAGCUAGGGACUUUCAUAAGGGAGCAUUCAAGCCCAGAAGGUGCCCUACCCAAAGAUAUCGGCCUCAUAUGUUGGGCGAUGGGACGCUGGGUCGAGGUCUCUGUGCUCAGAGCACGGUUCUGGUGUGCCGUCGAACACGAGUUCGGGACCGCAGAAGCAAGGGCGCAGUCCCUUCAACGAAAGAAGAAACGAAAACGUCAGCAAACGGUCACGGAAGAUGAAGAUGCAGUUCCCCUGGAGGGACACGACGACGAGGGAGGAGCAGCUCGGAAACAGAAAUGGACGAGAAGACACCUGUUGCCUCAGAUGGGACGUACAGCUAUGGAACUAGCUACGGAUGAUGUGAUUCUUAGGCUCGAGUGGAGAAUUGGGUUUGAUUGGACUGGGGAGGUAGAUAGUUUUAUAUCGGCCAGCGCGCGGUUGCCCAAGAGCUGGCAACAAGCAGACGAUCGAAAGAGCCUAAUGAAGAUACCGGAAUCUUUUGAUAAGCUGCUCAAACAACAGGGUCCUCUGGGUGCUGUUAGGACUAUUGUCGGUCUCUUUAUGCCUGAACCUUCGUAGGCGUAAUGAUAAAUAGAAAAAGUUCAACUCAUUCUUGUAGCACUUACUGCCAACUUUCCACUUAUUGUCAUCAUGCUGUUGGAUAUAGGUAAGCUUUAAGUGUUUUACAUGACGUGAG